AUGAAUGAGAAGGGUUCAAAAGAGCCCGGGUCCAAGAAGACGUUCCGAACUGCUGCAAAGGCCUUGAAGGGUCUGGUAUCGAAGGCGGCUCAUUCUCUCAAGAAAUCAAAGAGCUUCACUACCCUCAAGCGACUGUCGAGCAUGUCUUCUCGACGUGAUCGCGGCCAGCACUCGCGCUCCAAGUCUGCAAACAACAUCGACACCGCGGGUAACCUUGAAGAUCACAAUCCUCAUCGCCUUUCCAUCAUCGAAGAGGCGUCUCGCGAGUCGUCCCGCGACAUCUAUGCUGCCAACAUGUACGAUGAACAGGGCUUCCUCAGUGAAGAUCACGAGGACAUCUACGAUCUCAACGAGUUCGAGAUGAUGAACUCCAACGUCGGACCACACGGUCAGGAGAAUGGAGCCCUUACCCACGAUACGGUCUUGUACGGCAACUGGGAGCAAGACAACAACUUGCACGAGUUCAACCGUUCUUCAAGCCCAGAGACCGUCGUUUUUGACCAUGCCCGCUAUGCCGGUGUGAACCUCUGGGAGGUGAGCAUCAGCACCGAUUCGGAGUCGUACUCGCUUCCUGAUCCCAGCAUCAAGAUCGAGGGAAUCCCCACGACCAAGGACUGGUCCAUCUUCCAGAGCGAGCUGGUCGACUACGGUCCCGAUGAGCCUAGCCCUCAGCUCCCUGGCUGCUCGGCCGGUCACCCUUUCGCGAAGGACUGGUUCAUGACAGACUCCAUGAUGAAGGCCUACGAUGCUGUUCGGGGCUCCAUGAGGGAUACGAACGACCCGCUGAGGUCUUGGAUGGAGGUUAAGGCUUUCGAGUCUGCUCUUCGAGCUCAGAGAGAUGCUGCCAAGGUUGUGGUUGAAGUCCCUUCUUGCCAGCAAGAUGAGAAGCCCGACGUCAAGGGAAAAGGAAGAGCUGCCGAUGGCGGCGGCUUUGCCCGCGGCGAGUCCCAGAAUGCUUCCAAGACGCAGUCAUCUCCUGUCAAGGGAAGCGCGACUCCAGGCUUGGAGACUAAUGCGAAGCGAGAGACGGAUGACUAUGUCAAGAUGCUCAAUGACACCCAUUUGUUGUCUACCGAGUACGCCCCAGAUACUGCGGACAGGAAGGGAACCUACAAUGUCCCUCGUCCCAAGUAUCUUCACAUCGCGUCUGAUUUUGAAGGCUUCAGAUUCGAGGAUUAUCUCCCUCCGGUUACCGAGACACCUGGUCCCUCUUUCGAGGGGCUGCUCCCCUACAAGCUGCCCUACGAUCCGGAGCGCAACUUUGUCGAGGACUACGGUAUCUCGGACGACGAGGGUGAUCCCGCGUCAGGACGAAUCUCUCCUUGUACUUUCCGCCUUCUUGCAGAGGGAUGUGCUGAGCAGAACACUAACGGAAAGGUCUUCAUGGCCGAGGAUGCUCAGCGUAUGCGUCCCGAGACUUCCAUGGACGAUGGCCCUCCUAAAGAGAAAGCCCCUGACCGUCUCCUCAUGGAGUUCGAGACCCAGAGAGACAUCAAUGACAAUGGCUAUCUCACGCCCUGCUACUCUCUUGAUUCUGAACCUUCCAUCAUCUACCUGCCUGCUGGCGUGACCUUCAAGCACAAGAUGCGCAACUGGUGGUUCGGCCUCUUCGACCGCAUGAACCCCGAAGUCGCACGUAACUUCCGCAAGAUCGAGUAUCAUGAGCCAGGCGACCCCCCGAUCGCACCUCCCGAGGCUGCCACCGAGGAUUCGGCGACCACUGCCGAGCCCAGCGGCCCCUGGGCCCAGCACUACACCCACUCCGAUAUUGAGACGAUCCUCAACACCCCGGGCGCCCGCAAGGUCGCCGGCGUCGAGGCGGCGAGCGCGGCCGAACUUAUCACGCAGCGCCAGAAGACCAUCCUCCGCUGGAAAACCCGAGACGAGGAAGUCACCCGCGAGAACGCCGUCCUGCGCGGCGACGUCGGUCGAGCCCAGAAGGAGCUCCGCGAGAUGCGCCUCUCCGUCGACCACGUCCUGGCGCAGAGGGCCGCCCGAGAGCGCGCCGAACGCGAGCGUGCAGCGCGGGAGCUCAGAGAAGCCUGGGAGCGCAAGGCCGCGUGGGAGCGUGCUGAGAAGGAGAGAAUAGCCGCGGAAGAGCUCGCCGAGAAGGAACGCAAGGCCGCCGAGGAACUUGCCGAGCGAGAGCGCAAGGCUGCCGAAGAGCGCGCUGAGCAGGAGAGGAAGGCUGCCGAGGAGCUUGCCAAGCGCCAGAAGCACGAGAAGCGGGUGCUACGCCGUGUGUCGGCGCACUUGCACGACUUGCGGUACGAGGUUCAGGCCAAGUUCCACUCCCUCAAGGACGCCGAGGAUGAGAACAAGAAGAUGAAGAAGGAGUUGGUUCGUUGCACGACCCGAAUCAAGGAGGAGUGCUUGAGAGCCAACUUGUCGAGUCCCGAUGAGGUUCGCCGGGCUGUCUCGCAGAACUUCCGGGACAAGAUGGCGGCCUUGGACCUUGCUGGUUGA